CACCUUACCACCAUCGCCAGGAGCACAAGCAAUGACUCCCCAGUCUGCCAUCGCAGCGAUAUCACCAUCUUUUGCUUCAGCCUCAACACCACUUCUCAGCUUCAACGCCCGAAAUCUUCCGAAUGUGCAAUCGCCGAUUCUGAUGCAACUAGGGAGCCGUCGGCGGAGUACUAGUGUUCGGAGUGGAAGCUUUAGUACUGCUUCUAGUGGUAGCAUCGCAACCCGGGGCGGCUCAUUCCGGGUCAAAGCUGAUGCGGGUGGAGGAAAUGGGAGCAAUGUUGAAAUUAGUGGAAGUGACGCUUCCCAAACUCUUAUGUAUAAAUGGCCAGAUGAAAAGAGGCCAAGGGUUUGCAUACUUGGUGGUGGAUUUGGAGGACUUUACACCGCACUGAGAUUGGAAUCCCUUGUUUGGAGGGAUGACAAAAAGCCCCAGGUUAUCCUCGUUGAUCAAUGUGAACGAUUUGUUUUCAAGCCCAUGCUAUAUGAACUUCUCUCUGGAGAAGUAGACAUGUGGGAAAUUGCACCACUAUUUUCUGAAGUGCUUGCAAACACAAACGUGCAAUUCCACAGAGACAGGGUCAAAUGCCUACAUCCACGUGACCAUUUACUGAAAAAUAUGCCUACACUAUCUGGCCCUGGAGGAACUGUUCAUCUUGAAAGUGGCCUUGCUAUUGAAUAUGAUUGGUUGGUUCUGGCAUUAGGAGCUGAAGCGAAACUUGAUAUUGUACCAGGAGCUGCCAAAUAUGCAUUACCAUUUUAUACCCUAGAGGAUGCUCUUAAAGCUGAUGAAAAGCUAAGAGACCUCGAGCGUAGAAACUUUUCCAAGGAUUCUCCUAUACGUGUUACAGUGGUAGGGUGCGGUUAUGGAGGAGUGGAAUUAGCUGCCACUGUAUCUGAAAGAUUGGGAGAUAGGGGAAUUGUACAAGCCAUUAAUGCAGAAAGAACAAUAUUGCCGAAAGCUCCGGAAGGAAAUAGGGAAACUGCAUUAAGGGUUCUGUCAUCCAGGAAAGUUCAACUAUUACUUGGUUACAUUGUCAGUUGCAUAAGAAAAGAGGUCAAGGGUGAAAUUGAUCACGGUGAUCUUGCAAAAAUGGCAUCUGAAAGUAUAAUCUUGGAGUUACAGUCUUCUCAGAGAGGCUUGCAGAGUGAAGUUGUGGAAUCAGACCUAGUUUUAUGGACUGUUGGGUCAAAGCCACUACUUCCGGAGUUAGAUCUUAGUGAUGAGACAUAUGAACUUCCUCUGAAUGCUCGGGGACAGGCAGAAACAGAUGAAACCCUCCUAGUUAAGGGUCACCCACGCAUCUUUGCAGUUGGCGAUGCUUCUGCAUUGAGGGACAAAAAUGGAAAAUUGCUUCCAGCUACUGCACAGGUUGCUUUCCAGCAAUCUGAUCUGGCUGGUUGGAACUUGUGGGCUUCUAUCAAUGGCCGGGAAUUGUUGCCAUUUAGAUUUCAAAGUUUAGGUGAAAUGAUGACUCUGGGCAAGUAUGACGCAGCUGUUUCACCGAGCUUCAUUAACGGGAUCACCUUGGAUGGUCUUGUUGCUCAUACCGCGAGAAAAAUAGCAUACUUGAUCAGAUUACCAAGCAACGAGCACCGCGUAAAAGUGGGAUUCAGUUGGCUAGCAAAAUCAACUCUGGAUUCGCUGCAGAAUGUGCUUAGUAAAGCGCUUUCAGGAUGCUAGGCUUACUCUUGGGACGUAUUAUGUUUCUUUGACAGGAUGCACUUUAUGAAACCCUCUGCUUCUGCUGGAUUCAAAUGUACAUAACAAGAUCUUUAUUGGGGGCAAAUAUUGGAUAAAUUUGUCUGUUCGCUCUGUUUUCUGUACAUUGACAAGAAUGAAUGUAUAAGUUUAAUUUGAUUAUUUUAAAUAAUUUUCCAUCAUUUCCAAUGGAGUCAAAGACUAAUUACUUUUUUACUUGAUAACAUGAUGAAAUAAAGAAAAAUGACUUACUA